GUCACGCUGCUGCUAGGUCCACAGUGUGUCAUGGGUCCCUGUACGGCCUCCCAUUGCUGCUGUCUCCAUCGCCACACUCUGCCAUGUGCCACUUUCAGGUCUCCUCACACUCCUGCUGGUUUCCAUUUUGUCAUAGGUUGCUGGCAGAUUACAGGCCUCCCAUAGGUGCUGCCAGGCCCCAAAUCUGCCAUGGGCCCCCGUACCGCCUCGUCACGCUGCUGCUGGGUCCACAGUGUGUCAUGGGUCCCUGUACGGCCUCCCAUUGCUGCUGUCUCCAUCGCCACACUCUGCCAUGUGCCACUUUCAGGUCUCCUCACACUCCUGCUGGUUUCCAUUUUGUC